ACAUUGUUUUCAACUGUUCAUGACCAUUUAAGAAGCUUUCACAUUGUCAUUAUAUUUUCUUUCUUUAUGACAGUGGUGGACUUUUGGCAGAAGCUAUGGGCACAUUUAUAAAGACAGGAAUACGUCAUUGUUGACGGUGCACACGUCACCCUCGCUGAUGACCUUGACGUGACGUCGGUGCUGAUGUCAUGGAAGAGUCGCGGGAGCGCGCACGGGAGAUAAGUGAUGCUUAAGAAUACGGGAUGAACCGAACACACCGAAUCACCGAGUCACCGCACACACACUCACGGAACAGGUUGUUCUUGUUCUCUCUCCUGAUUGGUGGAGAUUGCUGUAAUCUGAUUGGAUGGGUCUUACACUGUGCUGCUGGCUGAGUGACGGCCAUUAUAAAACCGCAAAUAAACCUUCAUCAGCUCAAUCAGCUUUCUAUCCGUUCUCUGUAGCCCCACCCAUUCGUCUCGCUGUGCUUUUAGACACGCCCCCCGUUGCCCCUGGACACCCCCGAUCACAGUGGAGCUCGACUCACCUGUCGGACAAUCUGAGGGUGUGUCCGUCGGGUGGGUGUGUCUCUCGAGCCCGUGUGGAGCAGAGCAGCGAUGCGGUUCGAGCGGUGGUGGGCGUCACAAACGGCAUGCACAUAUGGGAGAUGCUGUGGGAGGAGCAACAGAGAGGAAGCCACGCCCUCCUGGGCGUGUCCUCACACAAAUGCCCCCUGCAGGCAUCUGGCUACACCGUGCUUAUCGGCAGCGACACGUGUUCCUGGGGCUGGGAGCUCUCGACCAAUCAGCUCUGGCAUGACGGGAAGGAGGCGGGGCAGUACCCUGAGGGCGGAGCCACAGAAGUCUUAAAGGUGCCGGAUCGCAUAUUGUUGGUUGUGGAUGCGGAUGCGGGAACGCUGGGAUAUGUCGUGGAUGACCGCUAUAUGGGAGUGGCCUUUACAGACCUCCCCAAAGGGGCGGAGCUCUUCCCAGCGGUUAGCUGCGUUUGGGGAGGAGCUAAAAUCUGCAUACGCUACCUCUGUGGCAUGACACGUGACCCACCUGAUCUGCAGUCUUUGAGUCGAUUAUCUGCUCGUCAGACCCUCCGACUGGACACAACUCACACUGGGAAUAUGUCAUUCCCACCUGCACUACAGCGCCUCCUGUUGGGCACAAAUUGAUCAACAGCAUGAUUGAAUCUAUUAUUAUUCAUUAUUCAUUUAUCAUUAAAUUAUUGCAUAUAUUAAUAUAAUUGUAUUUAGUAUAUUUUGUGUGUUCAUACAGAGUAUAUACUGUAUGUAUGGAAGCAUCUGAAUGACAAAUGUCUUUGAAAGAACACACACUGAAUUGCACUACAUGAAAAAUAAAAACAUCGCAUUAACAGUGCUUGCAUUUUUGAGGGAAGCAAUUUAAUAUGGUUGUAUAUUUAAGCUGUCAAUAUUUAGACUGAAAAUAUUCCGUUAUUUUAUUUUGAUUUUAUCUUUAUUAUUCGACAGGUAAUAUUCAGUCCUUUAUAUUUCGCUUUGUAAAUUCGCUUCUAAAGUUUCAGUGGUUAAAAUUCGGUCAGAAGUUCAACUUUGUACAAUCUGGAAUUGCAGGAAAAGCAGUAGAGUGCCGAUGCACAAUCUUCACUUGCUGCUACAAGCUUCACCACUAGGUGGUGCAAUCGAGUGUUUGAAAUUGCAUCAUAUGCAUGUUAGUUCCCUUUAAGUACAUUCUGAAUUCAGGCCUCAAAGUCUUCAAUUCUUAAUAAUGUAAUAUAAGUAAGGUUGACUUUACUGCCUCUGAUUAACACAAAUCCCCACCUGGGUCUAGUAAUACAAAAUCAUUAGAGCAUUAUCCAUUUCAAACAUCAAGAACAUCUGAAGAUUUGAUGCUUUUCUUGAAGCAAAAUGUACAAACUCACAGAUGAUUGUGUCUCCUGACUGCAUUUAUUCACAUCAGACAGAUAUCAUAAAUAAAAACCCACACACACAUCUUACAGACACAACUCAUGUUGUUUUCAGACUUCAGUGCUUCACUUAUAAUUCACUAACAUUCCCAUUUCAGCUUCAACAACAAUUAUGACAUCUAUGAAUAUAAAUAAUGCAAGAGAGUUUGACAAAAUAGAACCUGAGUAACUAUAAAAGCAUGGUAAUACCAGGGUAUUUCUUUUACCAUUUUUGUGAGAGCAAACCUGUUCGCAAACGUUCAGAGAUGUGGCUCAGCUUGUGUGCAUGUGUGUAUAGUUUGUAUGUGGCAGAUACACAAAUGUGUGUUGCGGUAACGCUGACUUCUGGCUCAUGUAGGAGAGGACAGAAGGACACCUAUCAAAGACUGUCUGUCUCCCAUCUGUCUGUCUCUCUCCACCUGUUAUUGAAGAGUUACAUGACAUCAGCCCGUGAGUCACACAUGAGGUCAGAGGUCACAGUGUCACCUGAGCUGCCGCUUUCUCUGACACUCCAGGAACUUUAGCCUCCGAUCCGUCGGGAUCUCAUCUAGACUGAUCCCGUGAUUACUGGACCUGAAAGAGACACAGAAAAAGGAAAAUAAGUACAGAAGCCUGUCCAGUGAUACACUUACAAUGGAAGUCAAUAUUUGGAGGUUCAAAAGCAGAAAUGUGACGCUUAUGAUUUCAUAAAGCACUUACAUUGAUUCUUCUGUUAAAACUCAUGUAUUAUUUGAGCUGUAAAGUUGUUUAAAUUGUCAUUUUUACAGUCGCUUUAGGGUUUUAGGAUUUGUUGACGUUACAUCAUCAUGGUUAUGAAGUUAUAAAUUGUUAAGUAUUAAAUUUACAGAUGCAGUUAGUAAGUGAUGUUAUCACAGUAAAAUCAUGUUAACACACAUAUUGUUUAUGUCUUGUGUCUAUACUUUUGAAACAGUGAGUAUUUUAAUGUUUACAGAUUAUUGACCCCAUUGACUUCCAUUGUAAAUGUCUCACUGGAACACACAUUUAAAGGAGGAAUGAUUAAUUUCUGUGCUAAUCAACAUUAUGACACAAAUGCUGCCGAUUGAAUUGAACUUGUAUUACUGAACGCAGAAUAUUCCUUUAAUACAUUUGUAUAGUAAAUAAAUUACAUUAUUAUCAUGUUUCCUUAUGAGGACAUCCAAACAAUUUGAUUCUCAUAUUUAAUAAGUUCAUAUUCCUAAACAGAGCACAUUUAACAACACAGUAAACACACACACACACACACAGACACAGACACAGACACACACACACACUCUCUCUCACACACACUCUCUCACACACACACACACACACACAAACACACACAGACAGACAGACAAACACUCACAGACACACACACAUACACACAAACACAUACGCACAGACUCACACUCACACGCGCACACACACACACACACAGACACACACACACAGACACACUCACACACACAGACUCACACACACAGACUCACACACACAGACUCACA